AGAAUGAAUCUAAGUAAGAGCAGUAACGAGGAAGGAGAGAGAUCCAUAGAGUCAUCUAGAUCUAGAUCUGUUACACCGGAUACAGUAAUCAUCAAAACAAUCACAGGUGAUAAUCUAGAAGAUACACUUCAAGAUGAAGAAAACUUCAUUACAAGUUUAAAAAAAUCGUUUAACGAAAGACACAGCAGUGAUGUUAAAAUUAAGGUAUGCACCAAGACUUUUUAUGCUCACAAAUUCAUUUUGGCCAAAGUUAGUCCAGUUUUUAACAUCAUGCUGUGUUCUAAAAAUUGGCAAGAAUCACUCCAAGAAGAAGUUACAUUGAUCGAAACUGAAGAAUGCUUAGAACAUUUUGAGACUUUUCUGCAAUUCUUCUACAGUGCCAAAAUUAACAUCUGUGUUAAAUCGGCAAUACCUAUAUUGAGUUUGGCAGAGAAAUAUGAUGUUGGAUCUCUAAAAAGCCUUUGUACACAGUAUAUGGUAAAACAUUCAAGGUAUCUGCUGGUCGAAAGCGCAAUCAAGUGGUACAAUUUAGCUCAUUUUCUAAACAUAAAAGAGAUAACAAUGGAGUGUUUUGCCAACAUAACUAGGAAUACACAUAAACUUAUGUCAUCUGAGUGGCUGCAACUAGACCUAGGCUUAAUAACCAGUUUAUUAAAAAGUGGAGACUUAGUUAUUGAGUCUGAGUAUAGUCUUUUCCAAGCCAUAUUGAAUUGGUUACACACAGAAGGAAGGAAAGAUUUAUAUUUUCAUAUUGAGGAACUACUUCCUUUAAUUAGAUUUUCCCAGUUACAGAAAAAUGAGCUCUUAUUAGUAGAGGAAAAUUCACUGUAUCAGGAUGAAAAAGUGAAACCCUUGUUGGAUAAACAAAUUCAAAAAGCUUAUCGCUUCAGAACACUUUGCAGUGUCCCAACUGAGAGGGUUUUAUUUACAGAAGAAUUUUACUCACCCAGAAUAUACUUAAACAACAUACUUGGCACAAUAACAAUGUGCCUUGAUGUUUCGAGACAAGUGGUGCCAGAUAUUGUCAGAACAUAUGUUACUCCUGUUCCAACAGAUACACUUGAUGCUGAAUGGAAGCUGGCAUGUUACAAUUCUGAUACGUGGUGUAUUAGUUUAACACCAUAUCAAUCAGCAUUAAUACAAGGUGAGACAAAGGUACAAGCAGUAGUAUUGAUAAGAACUCAAGAAAACCAUAUAAUACAAGUGGAAAGUUCCGAUGUCACCAUUUGCACCAAAAGGGAUAAUUUGGUGAUGAGAUUUGAAAUAAGCAACCUGGAGCUGUCAAGAAACAUGGCUGUUAUUGCCAAAACUUUACCAAAGUGAAAGCCAGGGCUAAGAUGGAUCUAUGAGGCGGAGCAGAGAUUUGUUCAUGGCAUCGACAUAACAUUUUCUUUGGAUGAUGACACUGAACUAGACAGACAACCCACUCCUAGAUCUAUUCUUGAGCUUAGAAGUGUCACUGUCUGCAAUAAAAAUGUUUCUUGUGUCCAUUUUUUUGUUUUUAUAAGGCUAGAAUUUCAAGAUACAAGUUCUUUCUGUUUAUGUUCUCUCUUAUUAUGUUAUAUUGAAAUGUAUAAAUAUGUCUUCAGUCUAAAUUAACGUUCCAUGCCCAGUAGGCUGGAGGUUAAAGGUUAAGAGUUGUUGCCUGGAGGAAAGCAUAACUGCUUAAAGUUGACUUGAUACAUACUGAUGCAUCAUUUAGCUGUAGUCUGUUGCUUGUUUCACUGGCAUCACUCAUUCCAUGGAUGUUUUCAACUGUGUCAAUUCAAACUCCACAUAGAUUUAUUAAGUAUAGAAACUUCUUCUGUUGUAUAUAUAAAAUGUAAUUGUUUUGUUUCAACAUGUCAAUUUUUUUUCAUAACUAUUAUUGUUUCUUAAUUGGAUACACUGAGAAUUUGUACCUCAGUUCUUGGAUUAUCUGUUGGACUAGAUAGAGCUUAAGAUACUUUUUCUUUGUAAAAAGUUGUUUGAAAUAGUGUACAAUAAUUUGAGACCAUGUGGGUUUUUUUUACAUUCGUAUGCCAUUGUUUUUAAAAGUGUUACUUAACAAAUGGACUAAACAGUGUGUUUGUAUUUUGAAGCAUUCCAUUCACAUUCAGUUAGAUGUGAGCAAAUAAACUUUUCAUGAAUGCAACAA